AAGAAUUUCAUGUUUAUAUGAUAUUUGAAAAAUUGUUUUUCUCCGAUCAAAUUAUAUUUGAUUGCCGAAAAUUGCCGAAGCUAUCUUCGGCUCAUUCGGGUACCCACAUAGAAAAUGGAGUUUGAGCAAAGCAAGCGAAGCAGCUAUUCGCCAUCGUUGAUGGGCGCUCAACGACAGUUCGGAGCUGGGUGCAUCACAUAUCUUGUGACAAACGUGGAUUUUUGUGCUUAAUACGAACAAAAAGUACGUCGAAGUGAAACUAAAGCAGUGUGCAAAAGGUUUGAAGGUUUCCAAAAAUGUCAUCUGCACAAGUUGAUCGGACUACUAAAGUAAGUCAAAUUACUAAAAAGGAAAAUGAUAAAUCAAGAAAAACAUUUAACUCUUCUCAUAAAAAGCAUAAACAUGAGGAUAGUCGUCAUUUUAAAUUUGGUAGAAAACGUCUACAAAGUUUUACUAGCAAUGGUAAAUUUUUUCCACCAUACAAACGUAGAAAGAAGGAAGGUGCAAUUAUUCCACCCACAAAAUUUCUGCUUGGUGGUAACAUAUGUGAUCCUUUAAAUUUAAAUAGCAUGCAAGAUGAGGAAAUAAAUAGAGCUAUGAAUGCUGUCACACCUAAGUCUAGCCCAUUACCAACACCUAAGCAUAAAAAAGAAGUUAUUGAAGUCAUAAUUCCACCAAAUAUCUGUGAUCCUUUGAACUUAAGCAAUUGCAAUGACAAUGAUGAAUAUGAGAAACAACUUAUAUCACCGACAAAAAAGGGCUCUAAACGACGAAAUAGAAAGAAAAAACGAGCAUCUUCUGGUUCUGGGAAUGAUGCAAGCGAUUCUAUUGAAACUAAAAUUAAAGACUGUGAUGGUAUUGAUGUUGCAGAACCUAUGGAACAUAGUGUUUCAGAAAAUGUUGAAACAGAACAGCAACAACCACCAUUGAAUUCACCACCAAUCAAUACAUCCAGUCAAGUUAAAGAGUCAAAACCAGAAAGUCCACAAAAAGACAAGAAUAAAUUACGUUUAAAAGGUUUAGAGGAACCUAAAGAUAAAAGAUUAAGAAAAUUGGAUGUCAAAGAUAAAAUUGUCAGUCCUGUAAUUCCUCAACCCGGAGCAUGGAAGCCUAGACCACAACAUAGACCGAGUCAAGACAAGAAAAAGAAACAAACAAUGCCCAAAUUCAGGGAGAAAGAUGCACGUUAUCAAUAUGGAAAUUAUAAUAGGUAUUAUGGAUAUCGCAAUUCUCAUAACGAAAUGGACACAAGACUGACAGUAUUUGCACAGCGAAAACAUUUAUUUGUUGGGAAAGAUGUAUUAGACAUUGGUUGCAAUAUUGGCCACAUUACCCUUUCUGUUGCAAGAGAUUUCUCUGCUCGCAGUGUAACUGGUAUUGACAUUGAUAGAACACUUAUCAAUAUAGCUCGAAAAAAUAUCAAACAUUAUGUCAAUUGUGUACAGUCUCCUGCUGGUAAUGAAGACAGUGAUCAUCAGGAUGUAAACUUCUUCCCAAUAUCUAUGCCAAUCAAUUAUGGCCCAGUAGAUAUUCCAGGUUUCACAAAAGAUAAAAGUCAUAAAGGUUUCCCUUACAAUGUUAAUUUUGUACAGGGUAAUUACGUGCUCGAGGAUGAUUCCUUGUUAUGUACAGAACAACCACAAUUUGAUGCGAUUCUUUGUUUAUCGAUAACUAAAUGGAUACAUUUGAAUUUCGGAGAUGCAGGUUUAAAACAAGCUUUCAAACGUAUGUAUGCACAAUUACGCCCGAGUGGAGUAUUAAUAUUAGAACCUCAAGGUUGGAGCAGUUAUAGUAAGAAAAAAAAUCUCACAGAACGGAUAUACAAGAAUUAUCAAAGCAUUGAGUUUCGACCACAUAAUUUCACGCAGUAUCUACUAUCUUCUGAAGUGGGUUUUUCUAAAUGCGAGGUAUUAUCGAUUCCUCCCCAUCCGGCAAAAGGAUUCCAACGGCCGAUCCAUUUGUUCACCAAAGCAGAUUUAUCGCAAGAUGAUUUAAGGAAAAACAUGUUGAAUAGACAAGAGCGAAGGAAUGAAGAGAGAAGGAAAUUGAAGGAAUAUGAAAGAAAAUUGUUCAAAAAGGAAGACGCUAAAGAGGGAAAUAUGUCAGAGAUCAGUCAACAAAGCAACGAAUCCAUGAGCCAAUAUGAUCAGUUAGAGAAUGUUUAUGCCCCUAGUGCAACUCCGUGCUACGAUACACUUGGUCACAAUAAUGAUAAUCAACCACCAGACGCUUCGAAAAUGUGUUACGUGGAUGUAAAUAUAGAAAACGAUAAGAUAGAAACGGAAAGUCAAAUCGAGUCGAAUGUAACGAGCACAUCCGAGAACGUACAACUGAAUAAUAAAUCGACGAUUGAAAAUCAAAGAAAGCGAAAUAUAGAAACGCUAGAAGAUGUUAAUAAUACACCUAUAGAUACAAAGAAAUCGAAAAAUGUUGAUGGAACGAUCAGAUCUGUCACGAGCGAAAUUGAAAGGAUAACAGAGGUUAAGGAAGAAGACACGUCGAAAGCGUCAAUUUCCAUAAGCAGAUCGGGGAAGGAGCAAAGAAGGAAUGAAUCAAAUAUCGAAUCGACGACGAUUGAAAAGCAUCAUUCGAGCAUCAAUCGUCUGAAUGAAAGAAGCAACGAGGAAGAGAGUAGAAAGGAUUCGAAGAUCAAGGAAUGGAAAGAAUUGGGAAAUGGAUUGAGGAGUCCUUGCUCAAAGAAGCAAACGGAAAGGCAACAUUGUGAAUUGAUCUCGGAUAACACGAUACCUGGUGAGAGUUUCAGUGUAAUGUAAUUUGUAUUAGCGCGUCUGAAAUUAAUCUUGAAUAUAAGAGACUCUAUUGCUAUUACCAGGUGUUAUAUGUGACACAACGUGUGAUGCUCCAUUAGAGAAUGAGACUCGAGAAGGAAUAAUAAUAAUAAUAAUAGUAAUAAUAAUAAUAAUAAUAAUAGUAAUAAUAAUAGUAAUAAUGAUGAUAAUAAUGAUAAUAAAUAUUAAUAAUAAUAAUAAUAAUAAUAAUGAUAAUAACAAAAAAGAAAGCAGAAAAGAAUAAAGAUCUAAAAGUAAGCACUGUACAUGAUAGAAAUUGUAUCGCUUAACACAUACGUACGAAUGUGAUAGCGAAAUAAGAAUGCGUCUAUAUCUGGCUGUGCCUGAGAAACAGUAGUGUAUUAAACGAAAUAC